CUCGCGCACGAUCACUCAUUGGCUUUCCUUCCACUAAAUUCCGAAUUCUACACUGCUAGCUCACCUGGAAGAUUUCAUAAAUGUCUGGAAGAAGUAAUCUCAUUCUCCAUAAUACUUUUCAUGGCUCCAUACUGUAGAUCUGAUCAACAAAAAAGUGAAGAUAUGGGUCGUGGCGUUAGCAGUGGUGGAGGGCAGAGCUCGUUGGGUUACUUGUUUGGUAGCGGUGAGGCUCCAAAACCAGCAGCGGAGAAAGCACAAGCUUCACCGAGUGAGAGUAGGGUUGCUAGUAAAGAGCCUUCGCCAAAACCUAAUGCCGGUCCUCAGCCAGUAGACGUUAGCAAGCAGAUUCCGGCUGGGAUUCACAGUAGCACCACAAACAACUAUGUUAGAGCAGAUGGUCAGAGUACUUGCAAUUUUAUCACGGAUCGACCAUCGACUAAAGUUCAUGCUGCUCCCGGAGGAGGCUCUUCUUUGGGUUACCUUUUUGGUGGCGGCAGCAGCAACUAAGAAACGACCCCAGCUCUGUGGCUGGGAUCACCAAGUGUGUUUAGAGAAAUUAUUUGUAAAAAGAAGCAGCAAUAUAUUUUGCGCCUUUGCUGCAAGCCUUGUGAGAUGAUUCUAUUAGAGUUCGAGGUUCUGGCUUAUUUGUUUGUAAAUGUAGCAGCAGAGUAUGGUAUUGUGUCUCUGCUGCAAGAUUUGUCGAUUGUUUUGUUACAGACAGAUAUGAAUUCGUUGGUAAAUUUGAAGUGUGAAUCGAGAGAUCUUUGUUGUGUUUGGAUGCAUAAUAAGCAUCUCUCAUAGUGACUUUUCUGUAAAACAACUAUACGAUAUUCUUCUAUUGUACUUUUGUGUGUUCAUGACA